UUUCUCGCUCUUCUUCCGGGUAGGAAGGUACAAUCAGGUGUCGCCGCGCUCUCAGUCCGCUUGUGUGCCGUCAUCAUGGCGAGUGUUCACACAUCAUCCAGUAGACCUUACCACCUGGUUGUCUUCGGAGCCUCCGGGUUCACGGGACAGUUCGUGGUGGAAGAGGUGGCUCGGACGGCGUCCGAGGGUCCGCGUGGGAACCUCAAAUGGGCCGUGGCCGGCAGGAGCAGGCAGAAGUUGGAGCAAGUUCUGGAGCAGGCGUCUUCUGUCCUGGGAAAGCCCGAGCUGAGAACCGAGGUGGACAUUAUUGUCGCAGAUGUGGAGGAACCCGACUCCCUGGCCGCCAUGUGCAAGCAGUCCGUCAUUGUUCUCAACUGUGUUGGGCCCUACAGGUUCUUUGGCGAGCCAGUGGUUAAAGCCUGUGUCGAGCACGGAGCCCAUCAUCUUGACAUCUCUGGGGAACCGCAAUUUCUGGAGGGCAUGCAACUCAACUACCAUAACCUGGCAGCUGAAAAGGGCGUGUACGUUGUUGGAAGCUGUGGGUUUGACUCCAUCCCUGCAGACAUGGGGGUCCUGUACACCAGGGAACAGUUUAAGGGUACUCUAACUGCAUUGGAGAGUUUUCUGACAGUCGAUUCAGGCCCAGAAGGAGGAUGCAUCCACGAUGGCACGUGGCAGUCGGCCAUCUAUGGCUUUGCCGACAGCGAGAACCUUCAGAGUCUCCGCCGCAAGUUUAACCACAAACCCUUGCCUUCUGUUGGCACCAAGCUCAAACGCAGAGGUGCAUUGUUCUACAGUAAUGAGAUCCAGCAGUAUACAGUCCCCUUCAUGGGUUCCGAUCCGUCAGUCGUCAAGAGAACACAGCGGUUCCUGGUGGAGGAAUAUGAGGACACCCCGGUUCAAUACGGGGCCUACGCAGGCGUUGGCGGUCUUGGCAACGUCAUCAAAUUGAUGAUUGCCGGCAUGAUCUUCUGGUUCUUGGUCAAGUUCAGUUUUGGACGCAACCUCCUUGUUAAGCACCCAGAGUUCUUCUCCUUUGGACUCUUUUCCAAGGCUGGACCAACUCGUAAGCAGAUGGAAUCAUCCUCAUUUCGGUUUGCUUUCUAUGGAGAGGGUUACACAGAGGGACUGGACCCCACUCAGGGGAAGCCCAAUGGCAAGAUUUGCACCUUGGUUCAAGGACCCGAAUGUGGCUAUGUGGCCACACCCAUUGCUUUAGUGCAAGCAGCUCUGACAAUCCUCAACGAAUCCACAGCCUUGCCCAAGAGUGGCGGUGUGUAUACCCCAGGAGCCGCCUUUGCAAAAACCACCCUGAUCAAGCGUCUCGACAAACACGGAAUCCAGUUCUCUGUCAUCUAAUAAAGUUCUCUGUAUGGCACUGUGCUCCAGGUUUUACUUGAAGCACUUUGAAAGCAACUGCACAGUAACAACAAGAAUGUUUCCAAAUUAAGAACACCCAGUCAUCAUGUCACCCUUAAAUUACAUUGCCACAUUACAUGCAAACAAUGCUUUUGUAACAAUUUUUGCACUUAUCUUUCUGUAGAAUGUAACAUUAAUAACUCAUUGCUUUCAACAGGAGCUUAGCAUGACCCAUUACCAGCAUGGGUUUAUCUUGAAUAAAAAAAGGAUACAAUCCAGGAUUUUGUUGUCAUACAAUUGAGUUUUCAAAGCCCUAGCAAGGCAGUUUGUGUGCAGUGCAGAAAAGAAGCCUAAUGUGUAUAGUGUGCUUUUGUUAAAGGCAUUUCUGCUGGUUUUUGGUAGACAAUGCUUGGAAUAUCACAAUAGUCAUCUUGCACAAAAAAAGUGCUUUUAAGAAUGAGUGUUCUGAUUGUGCACGAAAUGCUUGUAUGAAACUUUUGUAAAAGUUGCUUGUGUGGUCUGGAAUUAAGUGAGUUUUUUUUUUGGUGUAUUCAUCCAAAUGUAAGUGAUGUGUGCAGAUGGCAUAUUGAGUGGAUUUUGCAUUUUGCUUUGUGUGGGCCUUCUGAAUAAAGCCAGCUCGAAAAAAACACA